GACACACGGCAUAGAUUCGAUCCGACCAACACGAGAGACACUUUGAGACGAGAAAGAAAAUCAGUUUCUGCUAUUAUUUUUUCAUAACAACAACAUGGAACCAUCGCCUUGAACUCGGUUGUAUAGUUAUCGAUCGAUUGAUACACAUCUGAUCUCCGGAGCGAGAGCUCCCGGUUCGACGACAUCAUGCCCAAAGUCCACCUCCUCGACUACGUGGCGGGCAACAUCCGGUCGCUGGUGAAUGCCAUUGAAAAGUGUGGUUAUGAGGUGGAAUGGAUCAAGAGUCCAGAAGACGUCAAGAAUGCAGAUAAAAUCAUCCUCCCUGGCGUAGGCCAUUUCGGUCAUUGCCUCUCAUCACUAUCCUCGGCAGGUUACCUCCCAGCCAUCCAAGAACAUAUCUCGUCCGGGAAACCAUUCUUCGGUAUAUGCGUCGGCCUCCAAGCUUUGUUCGCCGGAUCAGAAGAAGCCCCCUCGGUCCCGGGUCUCAACCUCAUCCCUACGUCCUUGAAACGUUUCAGCCCGACCAACGCCGACGGCUCACGGAAAUCCGUGCCUUGCAUAGGUUGGAACGACGCGUCCACAUCGACAUCCACCUCCCCAACGACAUCCGAUGCCAGCACGUCCAACCAGACAAGCAUGUACGGCCUCAACCCGUCUUCCAAAUACUACUACGUCCACAGUUACUUUGCACCCUACACUCCCGGUCAUCUCGAACGAGAGGGUUGGACGGUCGCGACGGCACGUUACGGCGACGAAACGUACAUUGGUGCCAUCGCCCGCGGCAACAUUUUCGCCACACAAUUCCACCCCGAGAAAUCCGGCGCCGCUGGUCUCCGCGUGAUCAAGGCGUUCCUCGACGGGGACAAAGUGACGCCCUCGACGACACCUGCGGUUGUUCCGGGCAGCACAACAGUACGCGCAGGUGCAACCACGAAAAGAAACGUAAAGGCUUCGACGAACGGAUUGACACGACGCAUCAUCGCUUGUCUCGACGUGAGGACCAACGACGCCGGCGACCUCGUUGUCACGAAAGGCGACCAGUACGACGUGCGAGAAAAGUCGGAGGGUGGGAACGUCAGAAACUUGGGCAAACCGGUCGAGAUGGCUCGGAGGUAUUACACCCAGGGUGCGGACGAGGUGACUUUCCUCAACAUUACGAGCUUCCGAGAUUGUCCCAUCACCGACCUGCCCAUGCUCGAGAUCCUACGGAGGACGAGCGAGACGGUGUUUGUACCCCUGACCAUCGGAGGAGGGAUCAGGGACAUGGUGGACCCGGUGAGCGGACAGAAGGUGAGCGCCCUAGACGUGGCCAAGCUUUACUUCGCCAGUGGUGCCGACAAAGUCUCGAUCGGGAGUGACGCGGUCCUGGCCGCCGAGGCUUUCUGGAGUCGCGGCGGGGACGGCGACGACGACACCAGCAUCGAGACCAUCUCUGCCGCUUACGGAGCUCAAGCCGUCGUGGUGAGCGUCGACCCCAAAAGGAUCUAUGUCAAGACCGAGGAAGAAGCCCAAGCGGCCAAAACAAAAGGUCACACCGUCAUCAAGACCACGGACCAGGACAGCGAAGGUCGAGAAUACGUCUGGUUCGCUUGCACCAUCAAGGGAGGUAGAGAGGUCAGGGAUUUUGACGUUGUCAAGCUCGUGACGGCUUGUGAAAGGUUGGGGGCAGGUGAGAUCUUGUUGAACGCCAUCGACCGUGACGGUUCGAAUCGUGGGUUCGACCUGGAAUUGGUGGCCUUGGUCAAGAGUGUCGUGGAGAUCCCGGUCAUUGCGAGCUCGGGAGCAGGGAAACCCGGGCAUUUCGAGGAGGUCUUCAACGCCACCGACGUCGACGCCGCUCUCGGAGCUGGUAUGUUCCACCGAGGAGAAUACACAGUCGCACAAGUCAAGGAGCAGCUCGGCCAGGCCGGGUUACUCGUCAGACCCUUCGAACAGUUUGAGCCGUGAUACACCUACCUACCUAGGUAGAUAAGACGAUGAAACAUUUGUUGUGUUACUAUUUCAACGGACAAAAGAAACGCUUAG